AUGAAAGUCGCUGCUGCUCUUCUCUCCGCCUUUCUGGCAUCCUCUUCUGCUCUGAGUCUAUUUGGCGGUGGCUCUCCCGACGCAAUCUCCGCAACCGGUGACUCCAAGGUUCCCGGCGAAUCUCCCCUGGAGUACUGCACCGGCCAGGAGACGAAAGAAUAUGUUGAGAUCAAUUCCGUUGAUCUUGUCCCAAACCCCCCUGCAGCUGGCAAGUCCUUGGUCAUCAAAGCCAGCGGGACGGUCAAGAAGACCAUCGAGGAAGGCGCCUACAUCAAAGUCACAGUCAAGUAUGGCCUGAUCAGGUUGCUUUCGAGAACGCUUGACCUAUGCGAGCAAAUGGGCGAGGUUGACCUCGAGUGCCCUGUCCAACCGGGUGAAAGAGUCAUCGCCAAGACCGUCGAACUGCCCAAGGAAAUACCUCCAGGUACUUACAAUGUUGUGGCCCACGUUUUCGCUGCCAACGACGACGAAAUAACCUGCCUGACCGCGACGGUCAAAUUCGGCCUCCCUGGCAUGGGUCUGGAUGGAGAGCUGUAA